CAUCAGAGGAUUAGAAUAUUCAGAAGGUCUUUCUCUUUUCCCUUCAAUUCUCAUCAUUAGACCAUACAUAACCGAAAAGUUCCCAAUAAGCCCCUCUAGACGGAUACGACUUAAGCGACUAGGUGACCUCAGUCUUCGUCUUUAAAUGGGGAAAGAUGCGGCACCGAAGAAUUGGCCAGCAGCAAUACCGUAUCUCUUACAACCUUCCUAUGCCCCUCACAUUACGAAGCCGCAGCAGCAAAUCGUAAAGACUCGGCCUAUCGAUGUCGUAAAUGAGAUUCCGCGUGACUUUCCACGAGGACCGUCGGUUCUCGCUCGGAUUGUGCCUAUCGCCGACCCCACACAUCCCGCAGACGGGCAGUCCGGCUUGUUCGCCGCGAGACAGCUCCCCCCGGGAUCUCUCAUCUUACCUUACUACGGCGUGGUGCACUCUUCUUUACUUCCGCAUUGCAGGGCACAUGAGAAGUCGGAUUACGACCUUUGGUUAGACCGCGAUGGAGCACUGGCUGUUGAUGCAGAGAAAGCGGGCAAUGAGGCCCGCUUCGUGAAUGACUACAGGGGUAUUUCUGCGCGGCCGAAUAGCGAAUUUAAGGAGUGUUGGGAUUCGAGACGUGGCGAGAGGUGUAUGGCUGUCUUUGUUCUUCCUGCUGGGAAGAAUGCUGGGAAGAACGCCGGAAAGAAAGUCGGCGCGGGGAUUGGGAAGGGCGAGGAGAUACUCGUCAGCUAUGGAAAGGGGUUCUGGAGUAAAAGGAGAGAUGAACAUCAAGACAAUGGCGCACUUGAAGAUAAUAUCCCGUGAUUAACGCGAUGUCCCUUUUGCUAUCUAAACCAGCGUCCUAGAGCAUCAAGUUCUUUGGUUAAUGUUACGGACUUGACGUUAUUUGAUCAUCAAGGACUUCUUGGACUUUUAAAUAAGUCGGCGGUCAACGCGAGUAUCAUCUUAGAGGCAGCAAUACCUAGUGAAUAAAAAGUUGUCAUCAUA